ACUGACUUGAAUUCAUUUUUUCGUUCUUCCGGAAAUCCAUGGUCCGGAAGUAGAUAGGCUCCCUAUUGGCGGGUGAGAACAGCACGAGACUCAGGAUUCUGCAUCAGCUCUGAAACUCCAAAUCUGUGCAUCUUUAGUGAAAACUAGUGCACAAAAAGGGAUGCCGGACUACUGAUAAGGUUGAACUAAACCUUUAUCUACAGCUAUAAAUGACACAUGUACAAAUACAAAAGAAAAGAGAGAAGAGCCUUUUCCUGCCAGUGGUAAUCCUGUUUAUUAGCAGCUCUGGACUGAACUGCACGGCGAGAGCCGUGAGGGGAGGGGGUGAGAGAGAGGAGAGCUGCAUAGUUACCCCGAGCAGCUCGGCUCGGCAGCCUCAUUCCUCCACAGUUACAGGAGCUCUCAUGAGCCGCCACCAUGCCAGCCUGCUCUCCUGUUACCGCAUGUUAAGCUGUUAUGAAGAAAAAGGUGACAGCAGCAAGUUGAUUCCUGCGCGAGUUUUCACCAAAACAAGAGCGGUCUGCGCAGGGGGCGCUAAUUAGCUCCGGUAAUUAGCUAAGCGGCUCGGGCGAGAGGAUGGCCCUUCAGCCGGAGAACGGGAGCCUCUCCGUGGGCUGCGGGGAGCUGGGCAACACCAGCCUGGAAGUUAGCGACUACAACAUCAGCUGCAGCAACACCUCCGUCCUCCCCAGCCAGGCUUUCGGAGUCCGAGAGAUGGGCCGGUUCCGUAUCUUGCUCUACACACUCAUCUUUCUGCUGAGUGUCUUUGGCAACUUGUUGAUCAUCGUGGUUCUAACAGCAAACAAGCGCAUGAGGACCGUCACCAACUCCUUCCUGCUGUCGCUGGCGGUCAGCGACCUGAUGAUGGCCAUCUUCUGCAUGCCCUUCACGCUCAUCCCCAACAUCCUGCAGGACUUCAUCUUCGGAGCCACCAUGUGCAAGCUGGGCACUUAUCUAAUGGGAGUCUCAGUCAGCAUCUCCACCUUCAGCCUGGUGGCCAUUGCCACUGAGAGGUACAGCGCCAUCUGUAACCCAUUCAAGUCUCGUGCCUGGCAGACCCGCUCCCACGCCUACCGCGUCAUCGCCGCCACCUGGGUGGUGUCGUUGCUAUUCAUGUUGCCCUAUCCGGUCUUUAACGUCCUUAAGUCCUUCCCGAAGAAAAACGGCAGUGUGGGUCAUCAGUGUCGCCUGGACUGGCCCAGUCAGCAAGUAGAGCAGACCUGGUACGUUCUGGUGCUGUUCGCCUUGUUCUUCAUCCCAGGUCUGGUGAUGAGCAUGGCUUAUGGUCUGAUUUCCAGAGAGCUCUACCGAGGCAUGCAGUUUGAGCUGAGCCAGAACAAAGACACCACAGGGCAGAGGAAUGGUGUAGGGAGGCCUGCAGAGGGUGUGGAUGAUGACGAUGGCUGCUACGUCCAGGUAAAAAAAAAGACCUCUUCUAUGGAGCUUCCCACCCUCUCUGCCUCAUGUAGCAACAGCCACCUCAAGUCUGGCCAUGCAUGUAGUAACAAGUCAGACGUUAACCUCGAAGCCAAGAGGCGAGUCGUCCGCAUGCUCAUGGUGAUAGUAGUGCUCUUCUUCGUCUGUUGGAUGCCCUUGUACUCAGUCAACACCUGGAAGGCCUUUGACAGCCAAUCUGCCACCAAAGCCCUCUCUGGAGCUCCCAUCUCCUUCAUCCACCUGCUGACCUACACCUCAGCCUGCGUCAACCCCAUUAUCUACUGCUUCAUGAACACUCGUUUCCGAGGGGCCCUGAGAAGCACCUUCUACCGCUGCUGCUGCCGCAAAGGCCCCUUCCACAGGUGCAGGAGGAGGGAGAAUGACGAUGGCACCAAUGCCACCUCCAUGGCUGCAUCAAUGUCUAAGUUCGGCUAUACCACCGUCAGCACUACUGGUGUCUGCUGAGCCUCAAGGAGAGUCAGGUGGUCGCAUCAGUGGCUGUCACUGUAUGCACCAUCUGUUUUUGUAUUUAAUCUUCUGUUUAUCACUCCUCAUCCUAACGUGAGUCAUGAGCUGAGUAAUAGCCAUGCCCUUAUUUAGAGGCCUUCCUGAAAGGUCUUGCUCAAAUUCUGUGUGCAUGGUUGCAGAAACUAAGGCGGAUAGACCGCACUUUAAGUGUAGUGACAUUCUUUAACCUCUAUUUUUAUUGACAGCAACCACUUUGUCGCAUUCUGAAGAGAACAUCAAGUGCCUGUGCCCUUUUUGUAGCUUCAUUUGUCUCAAUUCACUUGCUAGAAUCAAUGUUAUAGUAAAAAAAAGAACUGUUAUACAUCUGAAGGCCUCGCCGUUAUGUUGUGAAGGUGCCAGUCAAAAAUAUGUUGGUGAAAAAGUAAGGCAGAAGAGUAUUUUAUAGCUUUUCUUUGUCUGCUUUUGUUAUUUUAAUAGUCCACCACCAUGUAUUUGCUGCUGUUUCAUUACUAUUAUAACGAAUGCUGUUUUUAUCUCCAACAUGUAUUUGUUUUGUCUUGAUGAUUAUUUGGUUUUAUAGAUGUUCCAGUGAAAAUGACCACAGCUAGAUUUUUUUUAUUAAUUAGAGCCAAAUAUGAGGAGCAGAGAAACAAAAGGAAUUGUCAGUUUCUUAACAGAAUAAUACAAAUACGCAAAAUUCAUAAAGAGGUUCACAUUAAAAGAAAGGGUUUGUUUUUUGCUGCUUUACUGAUGGCAAAAAUGUACUCAAGACCCAAUAAUUGACUUUAAAGAAAAACAUGGCAGCUACCUUACAAAUGUUAGGCUUUUAAUGGCACAAUAAAUGAGGUGUUUCUAUUUUUUUUGGAAGCUGUGGAAUACCAGCAGUUCAAACACAAGACAACCACACUAUUGCCCUUUAAAACUGGGCGUUUCCAAUCAAUUGUGUAACUCAGCCAGUUUGUAGCUGCUUCUGUCUAAUUGUAUCACAUCAACAGGUGACUUUAUACACACCCAUAAGAAAAAAUCUAUCCAAGAUGUGUUAACACCUUCACCGCGAACAGAAACUAAUGAAAAUGAAGGGAAAGUUAGUUUGGGUCUGAUUUCCCUGAAUAAUUUGUUUCAAGCAGGCAUCAAAGCUGUGUGGUGAGCAGGGUUCAAAGUACGGGGGAGCUAAGGGGAGCCCAGCCCCCCCCCUGAAAGAGUGACAGGCUCCUAGCCUGGCAAGUCAGACUAAAUAAAUGUAUUAUUUAAAACUUUGCAAAGCAAGAAUUUGGUCUAGUUCACUAGGCUAACAGGCUCCCCUAGACUCCCCCAACUUACACACCCAUGGGGAGACCGAAAACAGAUCCAGUUUCUACCUACAUUACUUUAGUGGUUUGGACUCUCAGCAUACCGGGAAUUCUUUGGAGGGGAGAAAUAUAAUUCAUUACAAAAAUGUAAUUAUCACACCAUUGUUCAUGUCUACUCAUAUUCUUUGGUACUUUCCGUCUUUUAUUGGUGCCUGAUGCUGUGGAGCCCUUCACCCGUGCUCCAGUCAAUCCCUUUGAUCUUUUUAGUUCAAAGGUAACUCAUGAAGUGAAAAAGCAGGAAGUCAGGAAGCUGUUUUUCUGGAGUAUUUAGGGGAGAUGCAGGAAGAUCAGAGAAAGCCAGGACAGAAAAAGUCAAAAAAAAAAAAAAAAAAAAAAAAAAAACAGUGCUUGAGAAGAAAAUGUAGGUAGAUUUAUCCCACUACAGAUGUUUAUCUUUAUAAAUCAAUAAUUUAUAAGCAUGUAAUAUUUAUGUAUUUGAUAAAAUUCUGAUCACGUUCAAAACUCAGUCCCACACCCAGGGCCGUUACAAGGCAUUUUGGGGGCCAGGGCAAAACAGACACACACACACCAAUCUCACUGAGCUCCCCUGGAAGUGUUCAUGUAGUUCACACACUGGUGGUGAGCUAGCAUGUUGCUACAGUUGUAAUGCCAGAAUCUCUCCAUAUUGACUUUUAUCUUUUGGUACUUGCUGAAUUGAAGUUUCCAUUAAAUCUGAAAGGGUUGUAUAAAAUAAAAAUAUCCUUGCAAAAAUAUUGGUUUUUGGUUAUAGAUUAGACAUUAGCUGGAAGGCUAAAACAGAACAGUCACUAUUCCAGCAUUUCAUGGAAAAUAACAGUUUUUAUUUAUUUAUUUAUUUGGCAAGACGGGUUGAUCAUUUAAAAUAAGCAUGAAGUAAACAAAAUUUUUAGCCAACUUGAUGGAUUGUGUCAAUACUUCUUCAGACUAUGGUUGUUCUAUGUUGUACAGUAAUGUUCUGUGUACGCUAACACUGUUGUGUCCACAAGUGGAAAAACUAAUAAAAAAAGAAAGUGAAAAAAGG